AUGGGCAAGUAUGCCCAGGGAUGGGCUGGUGUCAGGAAAGCCUGCAACCAGGCCGGCGGCCUUGAGCCCGGGAACCACUCCUGGUCUUCAUCGCUCAGCUUUGCCACGCACCCCGGGAACUGCGCUGGCCCGGAUGGCUGGCCCCAGCCGCCACCCACGCCUCGCUACCUGAGUGACCUCAGGCCACACCUCGGCGAGGACAGUUCUAUUUGGGAUGGGGGAGGGCGUUUCCCCAGAGAGGACCCCUGUGACACCCAGUGCGAGCAGCUGUUGAGGAGCAAUCACACAGCUGGUGCUAGUGACACCUCCACCUCUGUGACAUCACCUACACCAUCUAGCAUGCUUUCAACAUCUGCUAGUGAUAUGACCAUCCCUGUGACAGCAACCACAGGUUCUGGCACACUUUCAACUACCGAGAGCGAGACUGUCACUCUUGUGACAUCUCCAGCAGAAUCUAGCACACCUUCAACUACUGCUAUUUGUCACCUCCUCAUCUCCAACCCCAUCUCCAAGCACGAAGCAGUCCAGCACACCAGCUCCUACCUCCUCUGCAACUUCAACCGCACGUCCCAUCAUCACCUCCCCCACUGUUCGCACUACGAAUCCUCCAACCACCAAAGGCUGCGUGCUGUGCCUGCCCGGGGCAUGGCACUGACUCCCCGAGUCUGGCCGAGGCGAGUGACCUGCCUCAAUGGAGGGGACUGGGAUGGUCAGAAAUGCAAAUGCCCCACUAGCUACACUGGAGACCGGUGCCAGUACUUGGUUGACAUGUGCCAGAAUGGCGGCUUCUGGGAUGGAAUCAAGUGCCAGUGUGUCAGCAUCUUCUACGGGCCGAGAUGUGACCUGGUGUUGGAUAACCUCGACAUAGAGUCACCGCCAGAGGUUGUCACAGCCCAGGUGGAAUUGUCAGUGACAGUGACCAACCAUGAGUUCUCCAAAGAACUAGAAAACAGGUCUUCUCCAGUAUUCCAGGAGUUCAAUGCGACAUUCACCAAACAGAUGAAUCAAGUUUAUAGUGGAAUCCCUGAGUACGAAGGUGUCAACAUCACAAGGCUGUCGAGUGGCAGUGUGGUGGUGGAGCAUGAAGUCCUUCUGAAGACCAAGUUCAUCCCAGAAUACAAGGAAGUUUUCAAGAAUCUCACCCAGAAGGUGGAGGAAAAAAUCAUGAAAGUAACCAGUGAGCAAAUAAGCAACAACAGUCAGUGCUCAGCUUUACUGUGUUUCAACAACACUGCCACCAAGGUGCAAAACAUUACAGUCACUCAGUACAACCCUGAAGAGGAGUGCAAGAAGGCAGCCGGGGAAAACUAUGCCAAGUACUUCUCAAUAGAGUACAAGGAUCAGAAGCCAAACUGCAUCAACCCCUGCACACCCGGCUUCAAUUCCUCCAUGGACUGCAACUUUGGGACGUGCAAGCUAAAGCUCAGUGGCCCUCAGUGCUACUGCCUGACCACAGAAACUCACUGGUAUAGCGGAGAAACCUGUGAAUGGGGCACCCAGAAGAGUCUGGUUUAUGGGAUCCUGGGGGCAGUGGGAGCAGUGAUCCUGGUUGUCAUUGUCAUCCUCCUGGUGUUCAUGUUCCACUCCAAGAGAGAGGUGCAAAGGCAAAAGUCUAAAGUGUCUCAGCUGUACAAGUGGCAUGAAGAAGAUGGUGGACCAGCCCCUGGGACCUUCCAUAACAUUGGCUUUGACAUCUGCGAAGAACAAGAUGAUUCGAUCAACAUGGACUCCAUCUACAGCAACUUCACACCUUCCCUGAGCCACAUAGACCCUGAAACAAAGAUCCAAAUCCAGAGGCCACAGGUGAUGAUGACAUCGAUUUGA